AUGUCGGAUCACUUCAAUUCUGAGCAGAAUAUGGAGAAGGUCAUUUCCCAAACAGAGAAUAUAAUGGCCUCCUCCAAGUCACAACACUCCCAUGAAGCUGAGAGUCAAGUCUCAGAAAUUGAUCAUGAGCCCAUCCAAGAACGUUAUGGAAACCCUUCAUACUCCAGAUUCCGCCGGGUGGCCUCAAAAACAAUUGUUACAUUCGGGCCCAAUGACCCUGAAAAUCCUGUCAACUGGAGAUCGAGAAGGAAGUUCCUCGUUCUCACAUCUGGUGUCAUGCAGGUCCUGAACAGUACCAUCGGCUCAUCGAUUUGUAGCGGCGCCAUCCCCCAGAUCGCCGAAGAGUUCGACAUCACCAACGAAACAAUCCUCGUCUUACCAAUCUCCAUCUUCCUCAUCGGCUACGUUCUAGGACCAUUGCUAUGGGGUCCUAGCUCCGAGUAUUUUGGCCGGAAGAAACCUCUACUUAUCGCCUAUUGUUUAUUCAUGGUAUUCACGCUGGCGUGUGCUGUGGCAGACUCAUAUGCUUCCUUGCUUGUGUUCCGAUUGCUCAACGGCAUGGUUGCAUCGGCGCCUAUCGCUACCGUCGGCGGACUGUUUGCAGACGUUCACGACGACCCGACAUUGCGAGGUCGCUUGAUGGCUUACUUCAUGGCGUGUACAACCUUCGGGCCAAUCAUUGGACCAUGGGUUUCUGGUUUCGUUGCAGUUGUUAGCUGGCGUUGGUGCUUCUGGAUCGGACUCAUUCUAUCGGGAGCGAGUCUUCCAUUGGUUAUUUUCAUGCCUGAAACCUAUGCACCAGUCAUCUUGAAGCGCCGCGCACAAAAGUUACGCAAAGAGACAGGGAACUCCAGCAUAGUAUCGCCAUUGGACGUUCAGAGCCGCGACCUGCGAGAAAUGCUCCUGAUCACAAUCUCACGACCCUUCCGCAUGAUCAUACAUGAGUAUAUCGUGUCUUUGAGUUCGUUAUAUCUCGCUCUCGCAUACGCUAUUUUCUACCUUUACUUCCAGGCAUAUCCAAUUAUCUUCCAAGGCAUUUAUAACAUGAGUCCUGGAGUAUCCGGCUUAAUGUUUUUACCCAUCGGCAUCGGCGCCGUUCUCGCUUGCUUCGUCUUUUUGUGGUAUGAUGGCUACCUAGCCCGAGCGAAAGCCCGCAACGCCAGCUGGACCUUCAUUGAAGAAUACCGUCGACUCCCACUCGCCUGUAUCGGUGGACCGCUAUACGUCAUCUCCCUCUUCUGGGUAGGCUGGACAGCCUCACCAAACAUCCACUGGGUCGUUCCCUUCCUCUCCGGCAUCCCCUUCGGCAUGGGCUAUUUGCUGAUUUUUAUGGCCAUGUUGAACUACCUAACAGACGCCUAUGAAACCCUCUCUGCCAGCGCACAGUCUGCCGCAAGCUGCACGCGAAGCAUUCUGGGUGCUGUUCUUCCACUCGCAGCUAAGCCGAUGUUCAACCGGCUCGGCGUUCCCUGGGCUUGCAGCUUGCUCGCAUUCAUCAGUCUUGCUGUCUCUAUCAUUCCGUUUGCGUUCAUUCGCUAUGGUGACCGUAUCAGAGCUAACAGCAAGUUCUGCCAGGAGCUCAAACGCAUCAAGGAGGCUGAGCGGUUGGAGUUGGAACGAGAGGAGCGGAUGGCCAAUGGUGAUGAUAACCUUGCGCCCAUCCCGUCUCGCAAUACUGGAGUUUCAAUGUCGAGAAUCGACACUGCUCGCACGGAUAGAGCGUCCAUCAUCUGUUGA